CGUUGUGGAGAUUCGAAUUUUCGUUUUACUAUUUUGUCGUUGUUCUAUUCAUGUAUCAUCAGCUCUUUUGGUGACCUUUGACCGUAUUUUGGUGCUCUGUAUUCGUGUAAGCUGUGAAGACCAAGACCUGAACAUCCGAUCACUUCAGGGAAGAUGGCGCGUUCGCGCUCAUCGUCGGCAAGAAGGAGGCGCAGGCACUCUGCAUCAUCGUCAUCAACGUCGCAUGGGAAGAAGCGUGCAAAACGAGGGAGAUCAAGGUCACCUCGGGAGAGAAGGCACAGGACUAGAUCUCCAUCGCCAAGACAAAGAAAGACGGAGUCGGAAUCACCAAGGACAUUCGUACGAACACCAUGGGAGCAGAGGCGAAACGAUUUUCCCCCUCCAGGAAACAGAGCUUGGUUUACAGCGGACCUGAGGGAGGAAAUCUUCGCGUUGAGACGUGAAGUGGAGAAAUUGAAGAAGACCAUCGAGCAACUUAUCUCGAAGGGAUCAGACAACAAGAAACUGUCCCCGGGUGGAGGUACUGGAGCCAUCGAGCACACCGCAGAGAAGGAGGCUGGACCAAGCGAGCCGGUGAAAACUGCAUCGCCAGUCACGGCAGCCGAACUCAAGACAUGGAUAGAUAAAGCCUUGGAAUCGACUCUUCCAAAGAAGAAAGUGACAGAGGCGGGCAAGGUAGCGAUCACAGAAGGCAGGACCGACACUAGGAAGCAAGCCGCCACAAAAGAAGGGAAUGUGGAGAAGAUGGUGUCUGAGGUUCGCAGAGACGUGAACGAGAUCAAGCUCAUGAAGUACGAUCUCGUGGUAGUGAAGGGCACCCUGAAGAAGAUUAACAAGCCUACCAGGACACUGACCCCGCACGUGUCAUCAUCAGUGAACCCGAGACUGUACAAAGGAUCGAUGAUGAUUGGCGGGCCGUCCUCAGUGCAUGUCAGUCGAAGCGAGCCGAGUCGGUCGUUUCCCCCACAUCCGAAGAGAGGCCGCACGAAGAUCAAACGACAGAUAAGAGCAAGUAAAACCAAGCGAAGCAUCGACUUCGGUUUCGAACCACUAACUGACUAUCAGCUAUUGCGACUGCACACUACAUAUCUGAAGGCGCUAUGCAAGAUCCACGAUAUCAAGUACUUCGACAAACCGCAAGCCAUUUCUGACCUUAGGCGAAUUCCUGGACUCAUCACGUACGAAGGGAGAGAUUUCGUACAUGACUCAGAAUUCGAGACACAGAUCGAGCCAGAAGACAUCAAGGAAGAAGCCUCAAGCUAUGAGGAUGACGACGACUCGGAUUGGAGUGAUUCAACCGAUGAUGAGUCAACAUCCACGUCAUCAAGCGACCAAAAGAUAUCGGGAAGGUAGAGGGGCCAGACCCAUCGGGGUGUCUCACCAAGGGACAAAAGUGGGAACAGAUACACCGUAUAGCAUCAUCUGUUGAGUUAUUGGUGAACAGAGGGAGAAUAAAGGACUGUUCAGAGU